CGUAAUGACCUGAGCCUGAAAGACGAAAUGCGUGUCAUAGAACUUCUAGAUCAGAAACUCUCACAGACAAAAAUCGCCAAACAGUUGGGAUGCUCGCAGGCCCUUAUCUCCAGAAUCGCUAACAGUAAAGAUGAAGUCCGAGCACAGUUUCUGACUUCAGAGAAUCUGAAUCGGAGAAGGAACAGGAAGGGAAGAGCCCCGGACGUCGACAAUGCACUGUGGGCUUGGUAUCAAAGCCUACUGGAUCAGGAACCCGGAAAACAGAUAUCGAACAAGAUGUUAAAGGACCAGGCAAGGAAGCUGGCAGAUGAAUUUGGAAUUUCGCCUUUUUCUGCAAGCAAGGGAUGGCUUAACAGGUGGAAAAACAGAUAUAACUUAGUUAUUCAGCCUUUCAAGAAGACAAAUGCAAAAUCUCAUGAGAAAAAUAACUCAACACUGGAAAAUCUCAAUGCAGAGACAGAGAAUUCUAUAACUGGAGCUGUAUCAGGUCUACAAUCAGUGGAAGAAGAAGACCAGGAUGAUGUGUCAAGUAAACUGUGUGGUGAAAACAAUAACACAAACAAGCAACAUCUGUCUCAGAAUGUGGAACACAGUGUUGAGCUUCUUGCUACCCAGCCUGAAAAAGAUACCUCAGGAUCAUCUACCAUGAAUAUUCCUGAUUCUGAAAUGAAUGAGCAAGUUGAAACACAUCCUGUUUUAGGAACGUCAGAAAAAGAUACAAGUGCAACAUCAACCUCAAAUAUUCCAGGGACAAAUUCACAUGAGAGAGAUGUUAGGGCAACUACACUGGACAAACAGUUGGAGACACAGAAGUUGUUGGCAACAGCAUUCUUGCAUUCACUUAAUAUACUUGGACCUCAGACCUCUGCUCAAGGCAGUAGCUCAUUUUCUCCACAGCUUAGCGGUUCAGCUCAGGAAAUGGUUCAGAACAUACUGGAACUAUGUCGGGCUCCAGAGCAAAAUCCUCCUAUUCCAACCAAAAAUCAGUUGGAGGAACCUAAGCCUGCAGAAAGUUUUUUGGCUCUGUCAGGGGUAAAUACCAGUAUGCUAUCUCCAAAACAAUCAACAAUUGUAUCAAGUGUUCAAAAUUGUGGAGCAAAUGAGACAGAAACAUGUGAUACUGGACUUAGGACUCCUUCACAGACCCACAUGUUAUCAGAUUCAACAUCUUUGGAUGCGAUUACGUCUUCCAUUGCACAUGAACCAUGUUCAGCAAUAACUUUCAUGCCAGCAGCAGUGUCUGAAAUAUCAUCAUCAUUCACCAAUACUUAUUGUAUAGAUGGAACAAUAGGGACAGUAUCUUCUACAUCUUCAAACGCCCCCAAGAAACAAACCUCAACCACUUAUGGUUUUAGUACCACAUCAAAGUCCAAAUCAAAAUUGAAGGGUAAAUCUUUGUCAAAUGUGCUUGAGGAGCCUGUGACUCCUAGGUAUAGUACUCGUAAAAGGACCAUGAAUGUAAUCGUACAGAAACUUGCUGAGGAGGAGAGUGAGUCUGACUUGAAUGAUGACAGCGAUAAUGAUCCUAACUGGGAGGAAACAGAGAGGAAGAAAAAAUCAUCCAGUGGCCACAGAAAUCCCAAAAAGGACACUGAUUUCUCAUCAGAUUCUGAUGACUUAAUGGAUUCAGAAAAAGAUGAGGAUGCUUUUGAUGAAGAUGAUGAUUAUGAAGAUGAAGAUUCUGCACCUUCAAUGGAGAAGCCUCAUUCUGAUGAUUUCAAACGAAAAAUAAUCUUGUAUGCUGAAAGACAUGGCAACACCAAAACUGCCAUUAGAUUUCAUAUUAAAGAGGAAAUGGUUUGGAAUUGGAGGGAAGAAAAGGACACAUUAUUUUCUGUGAAAGGGUCUUCAUCAAAUGAUGUUCUUACAUCCAGGUCCCAGGGUAUUACAGAAGAGGAAUAUGUCACUGCGGCAGUUGUAGAAUACAACAAGCAGAGAAUAUACUUGGGAGUUAUAGAGAAGGACAAGUUGACGUACUGCAAGACUUUUCUCGGAAAACUCGAUGAACAAUUUAGCAUGUCUAAUAUUAAUGCGAAUUCAUUAAUACUAAACAAGAAAGACAUACAAAAAUUUGGCAAAAAUGAAAAACAAUUUCUCAUUUUGUCCUUUUCAUGUCCCAUUAAAGACUUAAAACUAAAUAUUAACCAAGAAAAAUGUCAAUACAUAACUGAAGAAGUUUUGCGUUAUUACCAACAGAAAAAGAAAAUUUGAAAUGAAAAUUGUUCACUUUUGAUAAAUUAUAUGGAAAGAAGUAUAAAAUUUAUUGCUAAUAUUUGAUGUGGAAUCAACCAUUGUAUCUGUAAGUUGAUUUUUUUUCCCAUAAUUAAUU